AUGAGAGAAAUGCUAUAUGCUAUUUUGUUAUUAAUGUUCUGGCGAUCUGUACUAGGAGAUACAGAUUCCGCUGCGGAUAGCGAUUAUGGGACAGGCUUAAUUUCAACAUUACGAAAUGAUGCGAAUCUAGAUCUGCCAAAAGACGAAGAGUAUGAGGAUCUAAGAGCAGAGCUGUUAGCCUACCACAGUGCGCUCGCUUCGCUAACAUCCCGAAGAUCUAUGAUAUCUACAACGUGUUGGCGUCUUGGUGGUAUAUGCAUUAACCACAAACUCUGUCCCGGCUAUCGUCAGCUUACUGAAGUGCCUGGUUGUAAAAAUCGUUUGAAUGUAUGCUGUUUUGUAUGGAAUCAAUAUGAAGUCAGAGAUUUAAAAGAUAAAGGAAUAGGCAACGCAGCUUUUCCUUGGCGUAUAAAACAUGAAUUUGGCGGCGAGGGAGUAGUUCAAGUCACUCCGAAGAGUCGUAAGAAAAAGAAAAAGACUACAAAGUUUACAGACAAACCUAAAGAAGUACUUUUAAGAAACUACAUACAUACAUUU